GAAGUAAUUUUUCCUUAGAGACCAGGUCAAUCUAGUGUGUAAACAAAUGGCUGUCCAUGAAAAGUAAAUAAAAAGUAAAAAGGCUUAGAAGAGCACAUUCACUUUCUGAUUUAAGAGUAAUAAGAUUGUUUUAACAGUCAAAUUUUAGAAUGAGUCAAAUGUCAACACACACUUCUAAUGUUGGGCAGGAACUGCCUAUGUAUAUACAAAGACCUUCUUCAUCUCAAUCUCAAGAUGUUCGACAUAUCUUGGCAAAAUGUUUUAGAGACCUAUAUACUCGGGAUACAAUUAGACCAGAAACUGUAAAAAAUCUACAGAUUUCUAAAGGAGGUGAUGACCCAUACCAUGAGAGAUAUGUAGAAAAUUUACAAAAGGCUCACACUGAGUGGCAGCGGCGCAUGGAUGAAGCAGCCAUGUUGGAGCGACAUAUCAUGCAGGCACAAGCUAGGGCUAUGUCUGCUGAUGAGCGUGAAUUAAACAAGGCUACUGCAUCCUGUGAAAACUAUGCAUCACUAGGGUUGCCACCAGUGCGUGCUCACUUCCCAUCAUGCAUAGACACUCAGCUGUUACAGUCACAUGGCUUACUGACUCCCAGUGAUUAUAUGACUUAUGAGCAGGUUCCUGUCUCAGCUCCUCAAGGUCCUAAAGUACCCGAUUAUGCACGUGAAACUCUGGCUUCUCGACAACACAGCCGCCCCAAUACACAAAUGGAGCUGGAGUCACCCAUGGCAUGGCUGGCAGGUGAUAGCAUGGAAUGUAAAACAAUUCUGUCUGAGAAUGUACAAGACCAAGAUAAAGAGCUGAAAGCUCUAGAGAAUAAACAGGCAGAAUUUCCAAAGAAAUCAGGAUGGAAAGAAUUUUUGUCUGAAGAGCAAAGAGAAGCUGACAGAAAAGCUUUGGAUAUGUUGCAUUCUAAAGUUAACUUUUUGAAAAACCCCCGCUUUAUUCCACCUUCUGAGUUGUCAGAUCCUAAGUCUCUUUUGCUGCCAAAAAAGAAAAUAAGCAAGCAACUUGGGAAGAAUGUGGAGCCAGAAAUCAGUUCUGAAAAGCCAGUGUUUAUUCCAUAUCCCCCAGUAGUUGAGUUCACCAAUUACAAAGUGGGUGAGGUCUAUGAGAUUACUCUUGAAUUAAAGAAUAUGUCAGCAGUUAUGAGACAGUUACGAGUUCUUCCCCCAUCUAGCAAUAUUUUUUCUAUUGGUCUAGGUCAGUUUCCAGGUGAAACAGGUUUAGUGGCCCCCGGCAUGAGCUGCAGGUACAACAUCAGGUUUGCCCCAAAUUCCCUGAAAAACUAUGAUGAUUCUAUAACAGUCCAGACACAAGCUAAAGAGCCGCUGAUUAUACCUUUACAGGCCAGGCGACCACCACCUGUGUUAACAUUGCCAAAGGAGGUUGAUCUAGGAUGUUGUUUGGUAGGGGAUAUACAAGUCUAUCAUUUGAUGGUGAAAAAUGAGGGAGGACAUGGCCGCUUCUGCCUUAUGGCCAGAAAUAAAUGGCCUUCAACCAGCAUACGGACCGCUCUUCCUAACACAAAACCAAACAAGCAAGUUCCCUUUGAAAUUGUCCCACCGACCUUUGAACUGGGACCCAACCAGACCAUUAUGCUGGAGGCUAUUUUCUCACCCCUAGCAGAAAAAGUGUACACUCAGGAAAUGACCAUAACUUGUGACAAUUGCCAGGCAUCACAUUUUAAAAUUAAAGGUGAAGGGCAAACAGCUAGAGUUGAUGUAGUUGACAUUGAAAGAGGAGCAUCCCUUGCUCAACUUGGUGAGAUGAGUGACAUCUCAGCAGAAUUGUUGCUGAGAUUUGAUGAUUUGAAUCCUUACACUUACACAGAGAGGAGCAUCAGUAUUCUCAACUAUACGAAUGUGGAGCUCCCAUUCAAGUGGAUGGUUUACAAGCCUAUCAUUGACUCCAGCAUGCUGCUGUGUGAGUACCAGGAACCCACCUCCCAAGCUGAGAGAGUUCUAGAAACUAACGGUGUUUUUAGUGUCCAUCCACCCAGUGGUGUUCUCAAGCCAUCUGAAACUGCUGUGUUCAAGGUCACCUUUGCUCCACCCAAGGAAGAUGAUUACCAUAGUUGCAUUCACAUGGUGCUACCAAAUAUUCCAACGUUGAAUGAAGACAAAUACAAAAUUCCAGAAUAUGCUGGAAAUAGUUCAGAGGAAGAUUUGCUACCAGCCACUGUGCACAAGUUUAAGAAUGUUACAGGCAUUCAGAUGGAAGUGAAAGGGAAAUGCGUGCCUCUGUAUGUUGUGUUGCAUCCAUAUGCCUUGCUAAUGCAGGCAAAAAUUCUUGUUGGAACAUCAGCCAAGAGACUUUUCACUAUGGCAAAUCAUAGCUACUCAACCAUCAGUUUCAAAUGGGAAAGUUACACAGAUAGCUACCUACUAGAAGUUGAACCUCGCUAUGGCGAGUUAGAUCCUGGAAUGGCAAUAGAUCUAGAACUCAGCAUCACUGGAGUUGAACCCUGCUACAUCAACCACACGCUACUGUGCCACGUCAUGAACUUACCUGAGCCACUUCACCUCAACAUUCAAGCAGAAUUUAUAGGCCCUGAAGUGUCCAUUCUGCAGCCAAUUAUCAAUUUUGGUCUUGUAAGAAUAGGCCAGCAUCAGACAAGGGAGAUGACCCUGCGCAAUAACUCUGAGCUGAAAGUGUCAGUUGCAAUUUCAGAAUCUCAGGAAGAAAAUUCUCAAAACAGCCUUUCUCAGGAAACAAGAGAUCUGACAUUUUCAGUGACAGAAUGUGAACUUCGACCAUUAGAGUGCAAAGACAUAUUAGUUACCUAUACACCAAAACACUUUGAAAAACUGAAAAGGGUCUGUGAGGUUCAAUGCAAUGGUGUUGUUUCCAGUUCCAUUGCUAUUGUAGGAGAGGCACAGAAUCCUGUGGUCUGUUUACUUGAAAGCCACAAAGUCCUGACUGAUGUCUUUUUGAAUGCACCAGUUUCAUUUACUGCGACUCUACAUAACCAAACACUACUACCUACAGUUUUUAAAUGGGGAAAGGUUGAAGGGUUAGAGAAAGAGUUCUGUAAGAUUGAAAUAGAGGAGAGUGAAGGGAAGCUACUCAGCUGGGAGCAGAAACAUAUUUCUUUUAUUUUUACACCACUAAAAGCAAUAUCAUUUAGUGAUGUCGGUGUGUCAUGUUCUAUUGAGGGGCAGCAAGAAGAACUGUAUCUAAAUAUAAGCUGUGCUGUCAAGACAUUAGAGCUAGCCUUUAAGAUAUCGAAAGACAAAACAGUCUUAAGUGAUGAGUUGUGCCUGGAUUUUGGAACUAAUAGCCUAGGUCAGAUAGUGAGAAGAUACCUCCACGUGUAUAACAAGACCUCAAUACGAGCUUCAUUCAAGAUACAUGCUGAGUAUUUUGUUGCAACAUCCCCCUCUCCGCCUGAACUUAAAGACAUUUCUACCUCUCACAGCAUAAGAAGAAACCUAAUUAGUCGAACACCCAACAUCACAGAGCCAGUUCACGGGAAAGCCUCAACAAAAUUGAAUGCAGAAUGGAACAAAUUCAUUCUGAAAGAAAACAGAGGAGCAGUGUUUCAACCCUGCCCAGUCAGUGGUGAGCUGCUACCCUAUGGGGAGCAAGUCAUUGAAGUGGUUGCCUGUAGCAACAUGUGGGGGACCUACCAGGAUCAGCUUACAUUUCAAGCUGAUGACCUUGAACCAGUUAGGAUUCCCGUCAGUUUAACCAGCUGUGGAUGUCCUCUAAGUUUUCAGUUAACAGCUGGCCAGCCUGACUUGAAGCCCAUUGUCAGGUUUGGAAGUCAUACUGCUGGGUCAAAGGUUAUAACCAGACAUCUGAAAAUCAACAACUCAAGUCCUAAUGACAUCCGUGUGGACUGGCAAGUUUUCGAAAUGUCGGACAGUUCGGAGAAAGUCAUUGAUUUUAUUUUAGUUUUUGGUGAAAGUUUUCCUCUUCUUGAUGAACAAGGAAAUGAAAUUGAAUGGUCAGUGCCUGCUGCUAAAGAAACCUCGGCAGAAAAUUGUGAGGCAGGUGAAGAGGAUUUUGACGAGAAACUUUUCACAUGUUGUGUCAGGACUCAUGAAGGAAAUAUUGCAACCCGACCAUUCAAUAUCACACCAAAACAGUUGGUCAUCCCAGGUCAUGGCUCCAACUCGGUGGACUUGACUUUUACAGCUUUAUCCACGGAUGAAGUUUUUGAAGAGACGGACUUGGCUGGAUUUGCCUUUGGAUAUCUCAGUUUAGACAAAGAGGAACAUUGCAAUACUAAAGUGAGAAGAAAGCAGGGCUAUGAGGCAGAUCAGCUGAGAAUUGAUUUCACUGCAAAUCUCAAACCAGCUCUACUGACUAUAGAGGAGACAGAUGAUGAGGGAAUGAUUUUCAGAGGGGCAAUGAGUGACAUCAUGAAGAAUGGCCAGCUUCAGAAAGAAUCCCUGCAAGUGUCUUCAGUGAUGUUCACAAACAACACCCUGACCCCACUGACCUUCAAGAUCAAGGUAUCAGAUCCCUUUGUGCUGACCAACCUUGAGACCACCAAAAGAGGGGAUGAGAACAAGAUGGCCACUGAAACUCUGCCAUGUUCAUUGAAUCCACAGCAAAACCUGCUGGUAAAAGUUGCACUGAAGGUGUCCCAAGCAGUGCUUUAUUCUAAAGAUUUCCUGACCCUCAAAGACCAGAAACUUGAGAUCUACAAGCAGAUGGUUGUCAGGUUCAGCAAUGGCAUGAAACAGAAAAUUCCUCUGCUGGGAAUUCUCUCAGUGCCUCAGUUUGAGCUGUCCACCAACAUCCUAGACUUUGGCAUCUGUCUGGUGGGUCAGACCAGGAAGAUGGAGUUUACAAUAGAGAACACGUCAGCCUCUCACAGCUACUGGACCAUCACACCAGAACAACAGAUUGAUGAUGCCUAUGAUGGUAGUGAAGCUUUUCUGAUUGAACCCAAUCAAGGAACGCUGGAGGCUUACAUCACACACGUCAGCAAUAGCAAGACUGUCAUUAGUGCCUACUUCAAUGCCAGACACUGUGAACCUUAUGACUGCACAUACGUAGUUCAAGGCAAUUUGGGAGAAAGUGUCAGGCGCAUCCAUCUAACUGGACUUGGCUCAUACGAUGGAAAAUACGAGGCCAUUUUGAAUAUUUAGUGCUGUCCUACUGGAGUGCCACAACCGUUGUGAUAUUGUAAAUCUUCAUGUCUUAUCUGCGCUAUUUCAUGAUGCAGCUUACAGAUGACAUUUUCAUAUUUUUUUACAAGGUCUAAUUACAUUAUUAUGUAUCUGAGAUGAUAAUUUUGUUUGCUAGCUAUGUUAUAGUCAGGAUUUCAUUUGUUUUACAACUGUUUCAUGCGUCUUUAUGUUGUGAUGUUUUUAACAUAAGUAGAAGACAUCACAGCCAGCUCAUAUGUGAUACUGUAUAAAAAUAUAAAACAUAAACCAGUAUUUUAAACUUUCAUGGCAUAUUUUUAAAAAAAAUUCUACAAUAUUUUUUUAUACAAUAUCUACUCAUUGCUCAUAAAAUGUUUAUCUUAUAGGGUUUUAUUUAUUUCAUUUGUGUUGCUACUGUUUUCAUAUAUUAAAUACAUUUAUUAAAUUAUUUCUAAUGGUGAAGUUUAUCAUUGUACCAUCGAUUAAUUAGUUUAUUCUGUUUAAACUAAAAGAAAAAUUACGGAAAGGAAUAAGGUCCAUUAAUGAUGUCACUACCUAAGUGACGUCACAG